GAAAAUGGGGUACACAGUGCUGUGGGCGGCUCCUGCUGUGGAAAUGCCGGCCCGCGCGCUUCUGCCCAGGCGCAUGGGGCAUCGUACUCUAGCCUCCGCUCCUGCCCUGUGGGCCUCUAUCCCGUGCCCUCGCUCUGAGCUGCGCCUGGACCUGGUUCUGCCUUCUGGACAGUCCUCCCGGUGGAGGGAGCAAAGUCCUGCACACUGGAGUGGUGUACUAGCGGACCAAGUAUGGACACUGACUCAGACUGAGGAGCAGCUCCACUGCACUGUGUACCGAGGAGACAAGAGCCAGCCUGGCAGGCCCACACCAGACGAGCUGGAGGCCGUGCGCAAGUACUUCCAGCUAGAUGUCACCCUGGCUCAACUGUAUCACCACUGGGGUUCUGUGGACUCCCACUUCCAAGAGGUGGCUCAGAAAUUCCAAGGUGUGCGACUGCUGCGACAAGACCCCAUCGAAUGCCUUUUCUCUUUUAUCUGUUCCUCCAACAACAACAUCACCCGCAUCACUGGCAUGGUGGAGCGGCUGUGCCAGGCUUUUGGACCUCGGCUCAUCCAGCUUGAUAAUGUCACCUACCAUGGCUUCCCCAGCCUGCAGGCCCUGGCUGGUGAGUAGGUGGGUCCCCUGCCCCCAGGCCUCCAUCAGCUUUGAAGAUCUGUUCAUUUUUCCCCUGGUUACCAUCUCAAGGCUUCCUGCCUUACCAAACACUUCCCCAAUCCAGAACUGCCCUGCCUGGUCUGAUCAACUCCGGUUACUCAUCCUCCCUAUGCAUCCUAAAAUGUCAGCACCUCACUGGUCUGUGCUUUUUGCCUAGUGAGUUCAAUGCCUCAUCAGAAAAACAUCUGUAUACAAUGUACAGUAGUUUGGGGUUAAGAGCAUGUAUUCUGGGGACAGACCCAUGCCUGGUUUUGAACCCCAACUCUCACUUGAGCACAUUAUUUAGCAUCUCUGUACUAAAGUUUCUUCAUCUGUGAAACAGAAUAAUAGCACCUACCUAUGCUGUUAUUGGAGUUGUCACGA